GACAUUUCUGGAAUAACAGUUGAGACAAACAGACCAUCCCUUAUUUUCUGUGGUAAUAAUGAUAAAUUUUCUCACUUCAGUCAACUUAUACCGAUUCAUUCAAUGGCGACACAAUUUUACUUUCCAUCUAUGCCGCUUCUCGCGUCUUUUUAUAACGCCAAGCUAGUACUCCUGACCAAUAGCGACAAUACGAUCGUGAACAUCUCGAAAGGUUUCGAUGCCUUCCACUUGCUCUACAACAGGGGGAACAAGGCCGUGCAAGACAUCGACCUCUCGGUGUCCUACAAUAUCAUCGCAUCGGAGCCGAUCGCAGUCGGUGUUCAGUUUUCAGACCAUUUAAACAGGACCGUGUUCCACAUUGUACCCCCAACGCACAACUUCGUCAGUGGGUUUUUCGCCUCCUUGUUCAGAGACCCUGAUCUCAAGAUGCCACAGCCGCCAACUGUCGUACACUCAGCCUAUCACAAUGGUAGCUCGGACACCUCUUACACGGACAAUACAAAUGAUAAGCCCUUCUACAGAUUCUGGGAUUCGAAAGGCCCUGCCUAUGGAUUCUCCGUUGUCCAGUUCAACCACAACACGUCGAUGAUCGUCCCUGGCUACUCGGCUAUUGGACCAAUUAUCACGCCGAAUAAAGCGGUAUGCGAAACCACAUUAUCGCGGAAUGACAUCGACAGCAUCGACAACGACUGCGAUGGGCAAAUCGACGAAGAAACUUGCUAUCCGGGUUACGGCGUAUACCCUACAGAUCAUGACCUAGACGGCGCCUUCAACGAAGACUGCGGAGCAAUUAAUGCAACUGGCGAUUCCAUCGUGUCGGCCCCUGUGCCCCCCGUCUGCAUGGAGCCACCGAAUCGCCCGGAGUCACAAUGCUGGACAGUCUGUAAAUGUCCAUGCUCGUGGGUGGAAAAAUACGAGGCGGAGAAGAAUCUAACCAAGACGGAGCUGGAGGAGAAGUACAAGGACAAGAACGAGCAAAUGCAACGGACACUGGCUGUUUCUAAGGAAAAUCUGAUGAACACCGCCAUGAAAAAGAAGAGCGCAAGAGACGACCGGAAGAGCGCCGCAAGCAUCGGCUACGUGGGCAUCGCCAUUUUCGCUAUCGUCUUUGGCACAAUCGUCAUCUUGGACAUCUCGGCGCUCAUGCGUGACGGCCGCAUGUUCAUCAUGAACUGGCGAGACGGGAUCGGCCGCCUUGUCCGCUGCAUCCGGCGCAAAUUAUGCGCGUGACGUGUUUGUGAAGAUAUGUUUUAAAUAUAUGCGUAGUGAGUACAUCAUUUGGACUUGAUCAAUUUUAUGUAAUUAUUGCAUCGAAAGCACAUAAAAGCUUAAGACGAAGUUCACGAUAUUGUGACUUGAUUUAAAAUUUAAAAAAAAUUGAAUGCUGCAAUACUUGGGUUUUAAUAUUUGUGUAAAAUUUCUGUGAUGUUUACAUAAUCGUAUAGAUGUAUUUUUUACAUUCAAUUAUUAUUGUAUGUCAUUAUCAUAUAUAAACAUGAAUUUAGAAUGCAGGCAAAAGAUAAUCUGGUCAUGCGUCUGGUCGAUCAUUCAAACUAGAUUUUCAUGUUUCAAAGGAAUAACAUCUUUUUAAAGGUGAAAUUGUACACACUAGAGGACGAUCCAUGCAGAAACUAAAUAUAAAUAAAGUAGAAAAGAAAAGGACAAAUAUUGAAAACAUAAAUAUUUACGAUUGUGUAUUAUUAUUUUAUUAUAUUCGCGCACUUUUUUCCAUUUUAAUACAUUUUCAAAUUGUUUUUUUUUUUAAUUUCAAUAUGUAUUCAAAAUAUAGAGUUUCUUCGAAUGUUUGUUUAAUUGUAUACUUAUAUGAAUAUGUACCUACUGAAAAGUAAACGUAAGUUAAUAGCUCAAAGUGAGAAUGAACAAAGCGUUUUGGCAGUGGUCAAAUCGGGAUAGAUUUAUGUGCAGAGAUCUUGAUGUCAGGACAUUGCUGAGAACAUGUGCCUAGCAAAACGUUUGUCAAAUCUUGCAUCGUUAAGAAAUCAAAGUCACAAGUAAAGGAAGCAUUUGUUUAAGUUGGCAUACUGCUUGUAAUGUGAUUUUCGUGGACAUGUAGUUAAAAUGUAUAGAAAAAAAAUAUAUAAUACUAUUUGAUUUGAAGAUAAUGAGUCAUUUAAUGGCACACAUUAGUUUUUGUCUCGUCAACAUCUACGAUACAUAUCCCAAUAUUGCUGGAAAAAAGGGGAAAAAAUAAUGCGAUAGCUUUCAAUUAUGAUGCAUUUGAUAUUUUUUCAAGUAAAUAAGAAAAUAGUAGCAACAUCGCCGCAAUUGUACCACUGUAUAUACAUAUGUGUCUUGUUCUGUGAAAAUUUGACAAAAUGCAUGUGCGUAAAGUGUCGUCCCAUAUAGCCAGUGCAGUCCGUACAGGCUAAUCAGGGACGACACUUUCCGCUUUAAUGGUAUCUUUCGUUUAAAGGUAGUCCUUUUUUACCGAAAAUCCCGUUUAAGCGGAAAGUGUCGUCCCUGAUUAGGCUGUGCGGACCGCACAGGCUAAUCUGGGACGACACAAUACGCACAUGCAUUAUGCCCAGUUUUCUCAGGCCAAGACGCAUAUAAUUAUAACACGCAUACGGGAACGUUGUUUUUUAAGCUUUACAUGGUCCGCUGCCACAAUUGAAUAUCUGAUCAAGUCUUCUUAGUAGGCCAACUACAGCAGUAAUGCGCAUCGGUUACCACUCUUGUUUUGGACUAUUGCCGAACGAACUCGUGUUAAUGAACUUUUUCAAGAAAAGUUAAAUUUUGACAUUUAAACGAAUGCGAACACAAUAAAAGAUUUUGGGCCCCUGUGCCAAGGUUCUCGAUUAAAUAGAAUAUUCACGUACACCCUGUCAUUGUACGAUCCAUCGCCCGUAAGCUCGCCGAUGCAAGAUUUAAUC